AUGUCUCUCUCUAAAACUAAGAGCAAGCAAAGAGAUCCUCCUCCAUCUUUGUUUCUUCAUCCCUCUCCAGGCGCUUCCCGCGUUUCUUUACCCGGGAUUUUAGCUCCUGGCUCUUCUGUACCCGGACCAGCAAGCAUCAAGCGAGAGCGUUCGUCAUAUGACAGCAGCGCUUCGAUACGGCAUGCACCAGCAACUACAUCAGACCAGCAAAGAGCUGGCCGCGCUGUGAAGCCAGCGGAUAGCAAUCGGGCAGCAGACCGGACAGAUGCCCUUUGGGCGGAGAUGCAGGCAACUCUAGAGGAAGUUGAGCUGUCAGCAUCUGCGGGCACUCAUGUAUUCGGUCGCUCGCACGAUAUCAAAUUGGCUGAGUUGCGAGCAGCACAAAUUGCACUGGCACAGGCUUGGGCACGCAGCGAAGCAGAUGGCACGAUGGAGAAGGCUUCCCAUGAAGAGGGAAGCCCAGACGUUGGCGAUGACCUCCGGAGCGCAAAGGGGUCGUUCGCAGACGCCGCCAAGCCGGGUACCAGCGAUACAGAGCCUAAUAAUAAUAAUAAGGGAAAUACAAGUCUGCCACGGCAAUUCGGUGAGGACGUUGAACGACUGGGAGCCAAGUUGGAAGAAGAGACCGAGGCAGACAUAUUAUUAGCCAGGAAACGGCGCGAGGCAAACGAUGAAUACUUUCAACGUGUAAAUGCUGGUGUUAUCGACGUAGUAUCAAAGCUGGAGAAGGUUGCGAUAGCGAUGCGAGCGGUGGAACAGGAAAGUAAGGAUGUCUGGAACGAAGGUGAAAACGAAGGUGGCAGCGAAUAG